UAUAAAGAUAGCCACGCUAUCUGAAAAGAUCAUCGUGUUCAAAGGUUUCGAAACGCCAUGUCCACUCUGCAACUUCACUCCGCUCCCACUUCUUCCUCUUCGUUCGCUCCAAUCACCACUUCUCGCUUACUCCAAACCUCUCGCGUCUCGCUCCGAAACGCCGUCCGCUGCAAGGCGAUAGAAGCAGUGCAAUUGGAGAACGGGAGGCCGAGCGCCAGCGAGUUCGUCGUCAGCGGAAACGCGAUUCCGAGCUACGUCGUGGCGCCGAACGCGCGGAUUCGUGAUUUGGUUCACCGGAGCGACACGCGUCUGAGAAUAUUCUCCGGCACCGCUAAUCCCGCGCUUUCUCAGGAAAUUGCGUGCUACCUGGGUCUGGAGCUUGGAAAAAUUAAGAUAAAGCGUUUUGCUGAUGGCGAGAUAUAUGUUCAGCUCCAAGAGAGUGUCAGGGGGUGUGAUGUGUUUCUUGUGCAGCCCACAUGUCCUCCUGCAAAUGAGAAUCUUAUGGAGCUUCUCAUAAUGAUUGAUGCUUGCAGAAGAGCUUCAGCAAAAAAUAUUACUGCUGUCAUUCCAUAUUUUGGAUAUGCCAGAGCUGAUAGAAAGACUCAAGGGCGUGAAUCCAUUGCUGCAAAGCUUGUAGCAAAUUUAAUUACAGAAGCGGGUGCAAAUCGUGUACUUGCUUGUGAUCUUCAUUCUGGGCAGUCCAUGGGUUAUUUUGAUAUUCCAGUUGAUCAUGUAUAUGGACAGCCUGUCAUACUUGAUUACCUUGCCAGCAAAACUAUUUGUUCAGACGAUUUGGUAGUUGUCUCACCAGAUGUUGGUGGUGUUGCCAGAGCACGUGCUUUUGCCAAAAAAUUAUCUGAUGCUCCCUUAGCUAUUGUUGAUAAAAGGCGUCAUGGGCAUAAUGUUGCGGAGGUGAUGAAUUUGAUAGGCGAUGUAAGGGGAAAGGUAGCAGUUAUGGUAGAUGACAUGAUUGAUACUGCUGGGACUAUUGCCAAAGGGGCAGCUCUGUUGCAUCAAGAAGGGGCAAGGGAAGUCUACGCAUGCACCACGCAUGCUGUUUUCAGUCCUCCUGCUAUAGAGAGGUUAUCAAGCGGUUUGUUUCAAGAAGUUAUCAUAACUAACACAAUUCCAGUGGCAGAACAAAACUAUUUCCCCCAAUUAACUGUCCUGUCGGUGGCAAACCUUCUGGGCGAGACUGUUUGGCGAGUUCAUGAUGAUUGCUCAAAAUCCAAAUCGUGCACAAUUUUUAAACGGGUAGAUGUAGAGGAGGACGUAGAAGAGGAAUGUGGUGAUGAGACUAAGCAACAACUAGAAGUGGCAAAGAAAGAAGUUUUCCACGUGCGGAAGAAACUAUUUGCAGAGAGAAGAAAGGGUUUGAUUUUGCUUUGUGUUGUAGUACUAUGUUGGGCAAUUAUAAUAUGGUUGUGUAAUGUGCAGCCCAAAUCACUUUGAUGCUCAUUCUUCACUGUUAUAUAAGAACACUUUGUUUUUUAAUUUAACCAAAUUGAUCCUUUUGAUUUUCCCA